CAACCCAUACUAUGCAACAAUGGCGGCUCCCUGCGCUUACAAACACGGCGCAUGAGUUCCUGUGUGUUGUAGGAUGAACCCAACGCGUUUAUGGUCGAGAUGGUCGGAAACUGUCAUCUGGAUUUAGUAUAACACAUACACUGAGGAAUUUUGUCUGCUUUGUAAGAUCCAGAGCACAAGACACGACCGAUACGAAUUAAAGAAACAAGAGGGCACUAAACACAGAGAUCCCCCUGAAAACGUGAUGUCCGGUGCAGCUCAGAGCGGUGAUGGUGGAGCAGGACACGACACAGAAGCUGAUGGGGAACCUCCUCGUGAGGCUUAUCAUCAGGGAGAGGUGGAAGGAGAAGAGCCAGCAGCAAAACAGCCUCGACUGGAGCAGGAAGAUGUAGGUCUUGAGUUAGAAAUGAUACAGAUGGCUGUGGUGCCUUCAGCAGACACAUGUGGGAGCCAUGGUGCAGCUGCGACUUCAGAGGAAGUCGCCUGUCAUCAGACUGAUGAAACAGGACAGGCUAUGGGGCCUGAGGACAUUGAAGGAGAUGGGGACAGAGAAACACUCAGACCGACUGAGGAGGACAUAGCAGAUGAGCCUGAGAAGUACAAUUCACAAGAGCAGAGCUGUCAGGGCCUCGACUUCAGCCAGAGCCCUCAGAUGCUGACGGGCUCCUGGGCCGAGUACACUCACACCGCUGAGAAUUACCUCAGAGGCUGCAAAUGGGCUCCGGAUGGUUCCUGCAUUGUCUCAAACAGCGCUGAUAAUGUUCUUCGUGUGUAUAACCUCCCGCCUGAGCUGUACAGCAGCCACUGGGACAUGCUUUCUGAAAUGAGUCCAGUGCUGAAGAUGGCUGAAGGAGACACCAUCUAUGACUACUGCUGGUUCCCGAAGAUGACGUCUAUGGACCCAGACACAUGCUUCAUUGCCAGCAGUAGCCGAGACAACCCCGUCCACAUAUGGGACGCGUUUUACGGGGACCUCCGGGCAUCUUUUCGCCCCUACAACCACCUGGAUGAGCUGACAGCGGCCCAUUCGCUGUGUUUCUCUCCCGACGGCUCUCAGCUCUACUGCGGCUUUGACAAAACCGUCAGGGUCUUCCACACCGAGCGUCCUGGGAGAGACUGCGAGCAGAGGCCCACCAUGGUCAAGAAACAGGGUCAGACUGGCAUUAUCUCCUGUAUAGCCUUCAGUUCGUGUCAGUCCAUGUACGCCUGUGGGUCGUACUCUCGUUCGGCCGGUCUCUACUCAUGUGAGGACGGUUCUCUGCUGGCUCUGCUGCCCGCUCGACACCGCGGAGGACUUACACACCUGCUGUUCUCACCCAACGGCUAUCACCUGUUCACGGGCGGCCGUAAGGAUUCGGAGAUCCUUUGCUGGGACCUCAGAGAUCCGGGACAAGUUCUGUUGUCCAUGCACAGGAACGUCAACACAAACCAGCGCAUCUACUUUGACCUGGACCAAUCUGGCCGAUAUCUUCUGAGUGGGGACACAGAUGGUGUGGUGUCGGUGUGGGACACCCUCACAGCGCCACCUGAUGGGAACGAGGAGACACUACAACCUGCGCUGCAGUUUCAGGCGCACACUAAUUGCACUAAUGGCAUCAGCGUGCAUCCUUUCAUGCCAUUGGUGGCUUCGUCUAGUGGUCAGCGUAAUUUCUGUUGGCCGUCUGACAGCGAGGACUCUGAGUCUGAUUUGGAUGAGGGGAAUGUGAUGUCAUCAAACAGUGUUCGACAGGACAAUGCUCUGGUGCUGUGGUGGGCCGGCCCAUUGGGCUCAACCAAUGAGAGGGUCCGGGAGGAGGAGCCAGCAGUUAUUGAGAGCUAGAUCUUUUUGAUUGCUAAUCAUCACUUCUGAUGACCCGUAAUCUACUGCCAAACCUAUAAUGAUUGUUUAGGUGAAGAGUGGUGAGACUGUAAAUCUGCAUCGAUUUUAGUUGUAGAAUAGUCCCUUUUUAAAAUCCUGCAGGCUUUUUGUUCUUUGCAUGUUGCUGGGUUUGUAAACCUCAAUCAGUGAAUGUGUAAAAAUCAAGAGUGAAAUCCUUCAAAGUCCAUUGAAUUUAAACCGUCUUGACAGCAAAUUAUUAUUCCGAUCACUUGGGACACUGAUCUGAAAUAUGAAUAAUUCAUUCAUAGAUUUUGUUUUGUUUGGACGGGGACCUAAAUUGAUGUUUACGUUGUUUACCAGCAGUGCUUUCAGGAUGCCCAGACGUCGCUGGAGUGGGAUGACUCUCAGGUUUCUGAUGCAGCAUUGCAGCCUUUACGAUUUGCAUUGGGUUUGUUUUCCUUCACCCAUGUAAAGCCGGUUUCGGGAAACACGUUGAGCCUUGUCUAGGACUUACUUUAAGGACUGCUAGUGAACACAGAAGAGUUAUUUCAGGAGCAGGUUUAAUCCCUGUAUGAGAUGAUUUUGACUAUGGGAAGGCUGUGUGUGAUUGACUCUGACAGUUUAUCUUAUGUUAAAUGUGCUAUAGAGCUACAGUGGGCAGCUGUGAAUAUAUUUUUGUAAGCCAGUAAUCUGCUUCAUUGUGUGUGUGUGUGGUUGUUUUCCUGCCUCUCAGUGGUUCUUGAUUCUUUAGCUGAGGCUGCGCAUUCCCUUUUGUAAUAACCUGUGUUUAUGUUUGUUUGUGUAUGUGUCGGAGAGAAAGAGCCUUUGCAUAUUCUAAUGGUAGCUGUCAUCUUGACACAAUGGUGUGCAUUUUUUAAAAAUGUACACUUUUUACAGCUUUAUCUUGCGUGUAUGUCUGUAAUUUACUCUUUAAAGCAGUGGGUUUGAAUGUUUGAGGCUUGCCGAACAUGUUCUAGUCAGAGUGCUGAGUAUCACAUUACAUUCAGUGCUGAAAGCAUCAGUUGUUUGUACAAAUGUGUAAUGCAAACCUUUUUUUGUACCGUUUCUGUGGAUUGUAAGCCACAUCAUCCAAGUCUGCUUCUGGUUUCUUCUGCUCAGAUGAACCAUUUGUAACAGGUAGAUCACUUUGUGGCUGAAAAUAUUAAUAAACAUGUUUAAAUCUAAAA